CCGCUCACCGUCUUGCGAGUGUCCUAGUUUACUGCCGUGUAAGACCUCUGCAAAUCUACACUCUACAGACAACCGACAACUGAACUUUUCUUUAAAGCCAAAUCGACCACUAAUCAUACAAGAUGUUGGCCACCGAAGAAUCGUUGAGGUUCGCCUCCAGGUUCGGUCUGCUGGAUAAUAUUCCUCAGCUGUACGUGGACACCGUGUGGGCGAGAUUUCAUCAGCCCGGGGCGUUCGUCCUAGGCGGCGGCGCCAUAGAGGCCUCUUCCCAAAUGGAAGGGUACGCGAGGGCUAUGGCUCUUUCGAGGAACGUCCAGAAACAGAUGACCGUUACGGCCGGCGGUAAGCCCAAAAAGCGAUACAUAUGCGAUUACUGUGACCGGGAAUUUAGCAAGUCCUACAAUCUGCUCAUACACGUCCGCACUCACACCGACGAACGGCCUUACCCUUGCGACGUUUGCGGCAAGGCUUUCCGCAGACAGGAUCAUCUAAGAGACCAUAAAUACGUUCACAUGAAGGACAAGCCUUUUUCGUGCGAAUCUUGUGGAAAGGGAUUUUGUCAAAUGCGAACGCUAGUGAGCCACAGGAAAAACGCGCAGUGCCAAUGGUAUCAGUACCAAAGACAUCAAGCCAUGGCCACCCAACUAGCCGCCCCUCCUAUGGUCACCGAAAACCUUACAGACUUCAGUAUACGAACGUUACUGGGCAUCGAUAACGACAGCAAUUAG